UCUCACUGCAAAAAAUCGGCUAGUGUUAAGCACUUGUGAGCGGGUUUUCAGAGCUCACUGGCUAGACUUAUUUUGCUAGUACCUGGCAACCCUGCCAUCGCAGCGGGUGGUCAGAGAAGAAACUGAGACGAAGUUCAAGCUUUUUCUCUCGCGAGGAAGGACGCCGUUAUCGAAAUCUCUACAAACAACACGAGAAUUCAUCAUUCACACGGUCUGAAUAAUGUCGGAACAAGAUUUGGGGGAGAUGGUGCAGAUAGCAGUGGAGGACUUGGGCCAGGGCGACCAGACUGAUGUGUUGGACAAUCAUGAAGAUUCUGAUGACAAGCCUGACACGAAAAGGCCAAGGGUGGACAACAGCACCCAGGAUGCAUCUCUAAAGACCUUGUUGUACUCCAUCAGCCAAACGAUCUGCCAGCGUCUGGACAACAUGGAGUCCAAGUUGCAGCUGGUAGAGGUGACAUGCCGGACCCUGGAGAAGAAGCUGGAUGCCGUGGUCAACAAGAACCAGGCACCCAUCCAGGUCCCUAUGGUGGCCGGCUCCCCUCUAGGUGCCACCCAGACCUGGAACAAAGUGCGCUGUGUUGUUCCGCAGACCAAUGUCAUAGUGAGCCAAGACCGACCGAAGGGUCAGGAGGAGUCAGUAAUUCGAGGGGCAGAUUCACUGGAGAACCUCCUUAGCAACACAGUGGGCGGGCGGAGGCAGAACACGUUCCUGGUGAAGGUGCCGGCGCCGGAGGACAGCCAGGAGGAACAGGAGAGCGGUUCAGAGGCCAGCGACUCGGUGUCCAACAGUGGCCAGGCCAACAACUCCCAGAGCACCCAGAACGUCACCCUCAUCACCCUCAACUCCGAGGACGACUACCCAGCAGGUACGUGGCUUGGCGACGAGAACAAUGCAGAGAUGCGUGUGCGUUGCCCAGUGUUGCCGGGCGACAUGCUCCACCUCAGCACCAACUGCCGCACAGCGGAGAAGAUGGCGCUGACACUGCUGGACUACCUUUUCCACCGCGAAGUGCAGGCAAUGUCCAACCUGUCAGGACAGGGCAAGCACGGCAAGAAGCAGCUGGACCCGCUCAUGAUCUACGGCGUACGCUGUCACCUGUUCUAUAAGUUUGGCAUCACUGAGUCGGACUGGUACCGGAUCAAGCAGAGCAUCGACUCCAAGUGUCGCACGGCAUGGAGACGCAAGCAGCGCGGCCAGAGUCUGGCAGUCAAGAGCUUCUCCAGACGUAGCGCCAACGCGCCUGGCAGCUCAGAGGGUGGCGCUGUGGCGGAGGUGGCUCACAUGGAGGGGGUGACCCAGCAGACUCUACACUACACCCUGGCCAACCAGGCCGUCCAACAGGUCCAGAUCCACCGCAUAGGAGAGGACGGACAGGUCCAAAUGAUACCUCAGGGACACCUCCAUAUUGCCCAGGUCCCACAGGGGGAAGAGGUGCAAAUCACACAGGACAGUGAGGGGAACCUUCAGAUCCACCAGGUGCAUGUUGGGCGGGAUGGUCAGGUGCUGCGUGGGGCCCAGCUGAUAGCAGUGGCGUCAGCUGACGGAGGGGCCACAACAGUGGAGGGCUCCCCCCUACAGGCCAGUGACAUCCAGGUGCAGUACGUCCAACUGGCCUCCGUCAAUGAGCACACCGCUACUGUACAGGCAGCAGAACUGGCGCCAGCCAUGCAGGGUGAGAUGGAGGUGAAGGAGGAAUCCAUCCAUCUGCCAACAGGGGAUAAUGGGGAGGUGGUGCAGAUCGUCAGUUCUGUGGGUACCUGAGGGCCUGGAGAGAGAGAUGGCCACCACAGAGAUACAGAGGUGUGGAUGAAAGGGAUGGGGAGUGGGGGAUUCAAUAAAUAAAGACAA